AUGAACAUAGCUCCAAUCCAGAAACGUAGCAGGAGUCGUAGAGUAGGCCACACGUUCGACAGGCCGUAUGUUUGCGACCAUCAUGGUUGUCACAAAGCGUUCACACGGAAUGAGCAUCUGCAAAGACAUGCUCUGAACCAUCGUGUAACUCCUAAAUGGGCAUGUGCGGAAUGCAACAUGUCGUUCAGUCGGCGAGAUCUUUGGCAGUGUCAUCGAAACUCUGCUCAUAGUCUGGAGAGCGAGUACCGGCCUAUUGAGAACAGAGACGCAAGAUCAGACCAUGUGGCAAAUUCCUGCUCAGUGCCUAACGACACGUCUAGCAUGCCUCCUCCAAACACAGCUCGCGUGGAGGAUAUGUCCAUCGACAACGACUUCAUGGACCUCUUCGGUUAUCAUCAGGACUUGACCACCCAAUCCUUAGGUCCUGAUGAUUCCCAUGUACCACUGACUACUACUGAUGACUCUGAAUGGCUUUUGGAUAGCACGUUUCAAUCCGGACACGAAGUGGAUCAUGGAUCAGGAAUUCUGGAUCCAAACCGAAACUAUACACAGCUUGCUCCCAACACAACCCAAGACGCAUUGCCUUCAGGCGUACCAUUGCAGGUAUUUACCAUCGCAGCUCACACUAUAACAACUCACGAUGCUUCACAACGCUGCAGGUGGCGAGUCUGCAAUGCCAUGACCGAAGCUCAACGGCUUGAAUUGUUACUUGCCAUGCGAGAUGAAUUAGACGCUAAGGCUUUGACGUCAGACGUAUUCUCCUUGCACAAUCUUACUGCUGGUGUGCACUUCUACUCGAAAUAUGUCUCAAGCGAGUACAAUUUCCAACACUCACGCAUCUUGUUUCCAGAAAAAGAUGAGCAAGUCUAUCUCAAGGACCACUAUGGAGAAGAAGCACCACAUCAAUUGGCUUGGGCAGCGAUCACUCUUGGCUGGGUGCUGUUGGAGCAGGAGGAGCCUAACGCAGAGUUGAUCAAGGCUUCUCGUAUCAUACAACGCGCAAUCAGGUCUUCCAUCAUGACUGCAAUCGCGACAUCUGCCUCUCCAGCGCUGUGGGUCGUUCAAACGCUUUUCCUUGUCCUGUUAUUCGCCAGGUAUCAUGGCGAGACGGAUGAGUUCGGGACCGCUUCUAUACUUCACGGAGUUCUUGUGCGCCUAGUACAAAGGCUAGAUUGGUCACAAGCUUCCAACGAGCUCAGUGAUGUCGACCCGGACACAUUGACUUACGAGCAUUGGUACAAAUGGAUCAAAGCUGAAAGCUUGAAGCGGAUCGUCUUCCAGACCUUCGUCCUUGACGUCCAACAAACAGUCCUUUUCGGAGGCAAUAGCAGCAUGAGUCCGUUCGAAAUUGAUUUGAAUCUACCAUGGGGCGUUUCAGUCUGGACUGCGGACAGUUUGGCGGAGUGGAGGAUCAGCGUGAGGGACAGUCCCCAGAAGCCUCCAGUAUUCCUCAACAUGUUGCAGCAGUUCUGGAACCUUCCCAGCAGUAGUGGAAGAUCAAUACACAUCGCGGCAAAUCCGGGGGAUGCACGUGUGAUACUUCAUGGUGUGGUCAGCAUUGCGUCCGAGACAUGGCGUCAGCAACGAUAUGCCUAUAUAUCGAAACCAAGUGGAAGCAUCCAUUCCCUCAGGGCGCGGAUCAUGACCUCAUUCGAAAAUUGGAUGAUCUGGUGGAAUGGUGAUGCCAGACAGUUCUACGUUGAGGAAUUCACUUGGAGGACUUGUCAAUGCUUCUGCAGACUUGCGCAUACGCUGUGUGAGCUCAGUUCGGCCGACUUGCAAAUUGCUGCUGGCGCUACAGAGAUCGAGGGGAAGCGCACAAGGCCUGAUGACUUUGCAAAAGCUAGGCAAAGAAUUGCUUGCUGGGCUUCUACGAGAGCUGCAUCAGUGGCUGCGUCGGAAGCGGCCCGCGUCGUACAAAACCGAUUCGACAUCACGAUUGACUCGCACCACCAUUGUCACCACUGCAACUGGAGUCUGUACCUUGCAGGACUCGUAUUGUGGAACUUCACAUCUGCAGAACAGACUGCGACCGCAGGUAUAGAUCAAUGUUUCCCUACCCCUGGCGUUGGUUCCACGCUUGCACGGAUGGCGACAACGGAGUUCGGCUUGUACAGCCAAAUUAGCAACCUCGAUGUCCUGGAAGUGAUGACAUCCAUUGUAGUAUUACUCAAGAAGAGUCCAGGUGGGAUGAUUGAGAAAGCGAUAACAGUGCUUGAAAAAGUGGCAGCUCCUCCUUUGAUGGCGCUUUAAACUUCUAUGAUUUACUCAUCCAAGGCCCGUCAUGAGACUGCAUGAG